CUUUCGCGCAGCGGAGUGCAAUAAGAAAACACAGGCAAAGAUAAAAGUGCUGAUCUUUCAGCUCUUCAGGAAUGCUUUUGGGAGCACAGGGAGCUCAGUCUGAGCACUUGGAUCUCUGCACCUGGAAUUUGAAACUUUUUGGGGCAUCUAUUAACAAGCUAAAAGUGACAGAACCAUGGCUCAGUUUCCAACACCUUUUGGGGGCAACCUGGAUAUCUGGGCUAUUACUGUGGAGGAGAGAGCGAAGCAUGAUCAACAGUUCCAUAGUCUGAAACCAACUGCUGGAUUUAUCACUGGUGAUCAAGCCAGGAACUUUUUUUUCCAAUCUGGGUUACCUCAGCCAGUGCUAGCACAGAUAUGGGCUCUAGCUGACAUGAACAAUGAUGGGAGGAUGGAUCCCUUGGAGUUUUCCAUAGCUAUGAAACUCAUCAAGCUGAAGCUCCAGGGGUACCAGCUCCCGGCCACGCUGCCGCCCGUCAUGAAGCAGCCACCCCUCGCCCUGCCCGGUGCCCCAGGAUUUGGUCUCGGGGGCAUUGCCAACAUGCCAUCCCUCUCCACUGUGGCCCCAGUGCCCAUGGCAUCCAUCCCAGUCGUGGGGAUGUCCCCCCCACUGGUGUCCUCUGUCCCUGCCGCCGUCCCUCCCCUGGCUAACGGAGCUCCUGCUGUCAUCCAGCCCCUGCCUGCUUUCGCUCACCCCGCCACUUUGCCAAAGAGUUCUUCCUUCAGCCGCUCGGGGCCGGGAGCUCAGCUCAAUGCAAAGCUACAAAAGGCACAAUCCUUCGACGUGGCCAGCUCUCCUGCCGUGGCAGAGUGGGCUGUGCCUCAGUCCUCACGGCUCAAGUACCGGCAGCUCUUCAACAGCCACGACAAAACCAUGAGUGGACACUUGACAGGUCCCCAAGCAAGAACGAUUCUUAUGCAGUCAAGUUUACCCCAGGCUCAGCUGGCUACAAUAUGGAAUCUCUCUGACAUUGAUCAAGAUGGGAAGCUGACAGCUGAGGAGUUUAUCCUGGCUAUGCACCUCAUUGAUGUAGCGAUGUCUGGUCAGCCACUGCCACCUGCCCUGCCCCCUGAGUACAUCCCACCUUCCUUCAGAAGAGUCCGCUCUGGCAGUGGAGUUUCUGCUGCCAGUUCAGUGUCUGUAGACCAAAGGUUACCAGAAGAACCAGCAUUGGAAGAAGAACAGCAGCAACUGGAAAAGAAAUUACCAGUGACGUUCGAGGACAAGAAACGGGAGAACUUUGAGCGGGGUAACCUGGAGCUGGAGAAGCGCAGGCAGGCACUGCUGGAGCAGCAGCGCAAGGAGCAGGAGCGGCUGGCCCAGCUGGAGAGGGCCGAGCAGGAGAGGAAGGAGCGCGAGCGGCAGGAGCAGGAGCGCAAGCGGCAGCUGGAGCUGGAGAAGCAGCUGGAGAAACAGCGGGAGCUGGAGCGGCAGCGCGAGGAGGAGAGGAGGAAGGAAAUUGAGAGGAGAGAGGCUGCCAAACGGGAGCUGGAGAGGCAGAGGCAGCUGGAGUGGGAGCGCAACCGGCGGCAGGAGCUGCUGAACCAGAGGAACAAGGAGCAGGAGGACAUCGUGGUGCUGAAGGCAAAGAAGAAAACCCUGGAAUUUGAACUGGAAGCUCUUAAUGAUAAGAGAAAUCAGUUGGAGGGGAAGCUUCAGGAUAUCAGGUGUCGGCUGUCGACCCAAAGACAAGAAAUAGAAAGUACAAAUAAAUCCAGAGAGCUCAGAAUUGCAGAAAUCACCCAUUUGCAGCAGCAGCUACAGGAGUCCCAGCAGAUGCUGGGCAGGCUGAUUCCAGAGAAGCAGCUCCUGAAUGAUCAGCUCAAGCAAGUCCAGCAGAACAGUUUGCACAGGGAUUCCCUUCUCACCAUCAAAAGAGCCUUGGAAGCCAAGGAACUGGCACGGCAGCAGCUCCGGGACCAGCUGGAUGAGGUGGAGAAAGAAACCAGAUCUAAACUGCAGGAAAUUGAUAUCUUCAAUAAUCAGCUGAAGGAGCUGAGAGAAAUCCAUAACAAACAGCAGCUCCAGAAGCAGAAGAGCUUGGAAGCUGAGAGGUUGAAACAGAAGGAACAGGAAAGGAAGACAGUGGAGCUGGAAAAGCAAAAAGAAGCUCAGAGGCGGAUCCAGGACAAACCGCGGCCAGAGCGGGGACAGCCGGAGGAAGAAGCACAGUGGCAAAAAAAAAUCCCAGAAGAUGACAAACAAAAAAGGGAAGAACUCCCCAGGAAGAAGGAAAGUGAGGAUAAGGGGAAACAGGAAAUGCAGGAGAAGCUGAGUAAACUCUUCCAGCCCCACCAGGAGCCGAACAAGCCCGGCCAGGCUCCGUGGUCCAAUGCAGAGAAAGCUCCUCUAACCAUUUCUGCUCAGGAGGAUGUAAAAAUAGUGUAUUAUAGAGUUCUGUAUCCUUUUGAAUCCAGAAGCCACGAUGAGAUCACCAUCCAGCCUGGAGACAUCGUCAUGGUGGAUGAAAGCCAGACUGGAGAGCCAGGGUGGCUUGGUGGAGAGCUGAAGGGGAAAACUGGAUGGUUCCCUGCGAACUACGCAGAGAAAAUUCCGGACAGUGAAGUUCCAACCUCUGCCAAGCCCGUGGCCGAGCCCUCUGCAGCUCCUAAAGUGUCUGUGCAGGAAAGCUCCACUGCCCUGGCAGCUCCUGCCCCUCCAGAGGCUCCUGCAGCAGCCAACAACUGGGCAGACUUCAGCUCCACGUGGCCAACAAACACCAGUGAGAAGUCAGAGAGUGAUAACUGGGAUGCCUGGGCAGCUCAGCCUUCCCUGACCGUGCCCAGCGCGGGGCAGCUCCGGCAGCGCUCAGCCUUCACUCCUGCCACCGUCACAGGCUCGUCCCCCUCCCCUGUCCUGGGCCAGGGUGAAAAAGUGGAGGGUCUUCAAGCACAGGCUCUGUAUCCUUGGAGAGCAAAGAAGGACAACCACCUGAACUUCAACAAGAACGAUGUGAUCACAGUGCUGGAGCAGCAGGACAUGUGGUGGUUUGGGGAGGUGCAGGGACAGAAGGGCUGGUUUCCCAAAUCCUACGUCAAGCUCAUUUCAGGCCCCAUUAGGAAAUCCACCAGCAUGGAUUCUGGUUCCUCAGAAAGUCCUGCUAGUCUGAAAAGAGUAGCAUCCCCAGCAGCCAAGGCAGCGAUGUCAGGGGAAGAGUACAUUGCCAUGUACACCUACGAGAGCUCGGAGCAGGGAGACCUCACUUUCCAACAAGGUGACCUGAUCCUGGUGACAAAGAAAGAUGGUGACUGGUGGACGGGAACGCUGGGUGAUAAAUCAGGAGUUUUCCCAUCUAAUUAUGUGAGACUCAAAGAUUCUGAGGCUCCAGGAGCAGCUGGGAAAACGGGAAGCUUAGGGAAGAAACCUGAAAUUGCCCAAGUUAUUGCCUCUUACACAGCAACAGGCCCAGAACAGCUGACUCUUGCUCCUGGCCAGUUGAUCCUCAUCAGAAAGAAGAAUCCAGGUGGUUGGUGGGAAGGAGAGCUCCAAGCGCGGGGCAAGAAGCGCCAGAUCGGCUGGUUCCCCGCCAACUACGUCAAACUGCUGAGCCCUGGCACCAGCAAGAGCACCCCCACCGAGCUGCCCAGGCCUGCAGCAGCCUCAGUGUGCCAGGUGAUCGGCAUGUACGACUACAGCGCGCAGAACGACGACGAGCUGGCCUUCAACAAGGGCCAGAUCAUCACCGUGCUCAACAGGGAGGACCCCGACUGGUGGAAGGGGGAGGUCAACGGCCACGUGGGGCUCUUCCCAUCCAACUACGUGAAGCUGACCACGGACACGGACCCGAGCCAGCAGUGAAUCAUAUGUUGUCCAUCCCCCACUCAGGCUUGAAAGUCCUCAAAGAGACCCACUAUCCCAUAGCAGUGCCCAGAGGGAUGAUGGGAGCCUUGAUCAUGUGCCUUCCAGCAUGAUCAUCUACUGCCUUCUGAGUCAAGAACACACUGCACAGCAGUUUUACCUCAUUUGACAUUUAGUUGCAUGGAAUCGCAGUGGUCGAGCUAAUCACCGACAAAAUUAAACUGAUUCAAAACAAAACAAAACAAAAAAACCACACAAAACACACACACACACACUAAAAAAAAAUAAUAAUAAAAAUAAUCAGAGGAUAGUGGGUCCUUUUGUGGCUUUCAGAGUUACCAAACUAAUUUUUCCACCUUUGCACAGGUGCUUUUGGUAGUUUAAAAAAAUUAUUUUUUAAAGAUAUAUUUUAGCCUUUUAAAGGAAAAGUAUAAAUUAAAUUUUUUCAUUGCAAUUUUGUUUGUGCAAAAAGACCCACUAUCAAGGAAUGCUGCAUGUGCUAUUAAAAUUGUUCCAAAUGUCCAUGAAUUGGAGACUUUAUGUAUCUUUCUUUUUUAUUGUUCACUUGUCCAGUGUUGUCAAUAUGUCUUUUUUUUUUUAUUAUUAUUAUUUUAAUUUUCUUCUUUUUUUUUUUUUUCUUGGUUUUUUUAUAAUUUUUCUUUUUAAUUACAAAAGAACAGAAGGAGUUUAAAUCAGUUUAAGGAAGUUGAAAUGUGCCCAGUUCCAGGUAUUUUGUUGUAGUUACUGUACUGUUUGUAGCAGGUGUUGUUGUUGAGUGUGUAACCCAUGGUGGAGAGGGGAAAUGCCCUCCUCCCGUGAGCCUGGAGCGAUGUUUUCCCCAGCUCUGUUGAUUGGAUUUUGCACAUUUGUGGCUGCAGGCAGUGAGCAGCCAGCCUGCUCCUGGUGCUGUGCAGCGUUCCCUGGAAUGUUCCUCCAGGGCUGGCAGAGCCCCCGGGGCUCCCUCCCUCCCUCCCUCCCUUUCUGUGCAGCACCGCCUGAACCAGUCAUUUUCCUGACAAGAACGAAUGUAUAGAACCAUCUCCCUGCGAUUAAUUUCCAAUGUUUACAUUUUUUGAAGCUAGACUGUGGAGUUUGUACGGAUUAGCAGGAGCCGGAGCUGGCAGUGGAGUUGUAGCCGCGCCGUAGCCGAGCCGUGGCCGUGUCUAGCGUUAGUGGCCGGCUCUUGCUGAAAUUCCUGCUGCUGGCAGUGCCCUCCUCCCAAAGCCUGGAGCACCACAGAGCCCUGCUACUAACGAUUUACCACUGAGUUCCGUGCUGCUUUCCGUGUCCCACUGUCCCUGGAGCCCUCCCAGCCCAGCUCCCGCUCCCGACCCGUCCUGCGGUGCAAAGGACAAGUCAAGCUCCUUACUCAGUUGCACUUCAGUAUUUCAUCACUAUGAAUGUAAAUUAUAUAAAUAUAUAAAAACCUGCAGCUUUAACAACUGUAAUACAGCCUUUCCAAUUAGUUCCAUGUAUAGAGAAUUAAAUCCUUCCUACAAAAGAG